AUGCUUAUCUAUCUAUCUAUCUAUCUAUCUAUCUAUCUAUCUAUCUAUCUAUUACAGUCUUUUCAUAUCUAUCGUUCUAUAUAUAUAUAUAUAUUUCGUUCAGUCUUUUUAUGCUUAUCUAUCUAUCUAUCUAUCUAUCUAUCUAUCACAGUCUUUUCAUAUCUGUUUCAUUCUGUUCAUAUCUAUCUAUCUAUCUAUCACAAUAUUUUCAUAUCUAUCUGUCUUGGGAUGCCAUUUUAUGCUUAUCUAUCUAUCACAAUAUUUUCAUAUCUAUCUCAUUCUUCUGUUCAUAUCUAUCUAUCUAUCUAUCUAUCUAUCUAUCUAUCUAUCUCAGUCUGUUCAUAUAUAUUAGUCUGUUCAUAUCUAUCUAUCUAUCUAUCUAUCUAUCACAAUAUUUUCAUAUCUAUAUCAUUCUGUUCAUAUCUAUCUAUCUAUCUAUCUAUCUAUCUAUCUAUCUAUCUGUCACAGUCUGUUAAUAUCUAUCUAUCUAUCUAUCUAUCUAUCUAUCUAUCUAUCUAUCUAUCUAUCUCUUAA